AUGAUGGUCAAGGCAACACAAACAACAACAUCAACAUCAGUAACAAUAAACUACGAGCUCUACUCAUUGAACAAACUGUUCUGUAUCAACACGGCCACACCGAACAACAAGGCCAACGCUGGUACUCUUGGUGGAAAGGAUAAGCGUCAUCCCGCCAACACAUUCAUUCACGCCAAAGAGAGAUCACUCUCUGAGCAACUUGGUGCCGAUGGUCAAGCAAAGCCUGUCUCCAACCUAGGUGUCACUAUACAGCUUGCUUCACACGGUGGAUACGAUGAUCACCUCUUCUUUGCACUCUAUUGUUCAAAUGACUAUCUGAUACUUAGAUAUGUUGGUCAGAGCAAGGUACCACAAUACAAGUAUAUACAGUGGUCUAAGGAGCCUGCCAAGAGGAUAGUGUCAAUGGCAUUUGAUCCAACUGCACAAUGGUUGUUGUGUUUACAACAUGACACUUCAUUGGUUCGCAUACCAAUCUACUUUAUGAUGUGCAAGAAGCUUACUCUAGUAGAGGACAAGAACACUCAACAAACUACUGAGAAGUCUUUAUUCUCAUCAUUCACUUCAAGGUUCAACAAACCAAACCAACCAGAGGCAGCCAAGAAGCCAGUUCAUAACAUUGUAUCAACACCACCUCUGUCAAAGAAGACAUUGAUUGGUUCAUAUUGUCUUUGGUGGAAGACAUCCAAUAGCGAGGACAUUGCAAUCGUUGCGACUACCUCUGGAAACAUCUUCUUUGUCAAUCUGAGCACCAACGAAGUCCAUCGCAAGAUCAAGUUGGAGAAUCAUGUCACAAAGAUUGAGAUUGUCACUGGUUCCUCAGAGACUUUCCUAAUCAUAUCAACCAAGACAAUGGUUCACUACCAAUUGGUGAUUGAGCAACAACGUGGCAACAGCAAUCAAUACGAGUCGAUUGUAUCGCCACAGAACCCCAAUGCAAAGAACACUGAACAACAAUCAUUCCAGAUGAUUACAUUGUUCACAAAUGAUCGAUCGACCACCGAGAGAAGUCUGGAUAAGCAGGACAACAUGGAGAGUGGUUCGAUCAUGGCAUCAUUCAUCAAGUCCACUGCGAAGCUCGAGAUCUACGAUUCACUCUACCUCCACAAGUUCCCCUUGUUUGUCUAUCAACUUCCACAAGGCACCAGCUCAUUCUACUUCACCAAGAAUAUGACCUUUGUCUCUGAGAUUGAGCCACACAACGACAAUGCAAAGAUGAAUGUAUCCAUCAUCUCUAACCUUGUCUCUGGCACUGUGUCCAACUCGAAGUACAUGAAGAAUCAAUCGAUCAUUCAAACAUUCCAAUUGGCGGCUGGUGAGACUGCGAUCUCCAUCACCAACUCGUUGGAGAGUGGAGGCAGCAAUAACGAUAUUGCCAAACGCAGCAACAACAACAACAACAAUAGUGGAAACAACAUUAUCAUGCCAUCAUGUUACCUAAUGACCAACUUUGCCAUCUAUGAGCUCAGACCCAAGAAGUCACCCGAAGAGAUAUUCUUUGAGUUGGUCUCCAAGAACCUCGAGAAGAGCGAUGGUGAAGCACUUGGCAAGACCUUCAGAAUGGAUCUCCUCAGUCUCUACGAGACAGCUGCCGACCACGCCUUUGAUCAAGGUCACUAUGGUAGAGCAUUAGACCUCUACUACUUAUCAGGUGUAAAGACAAGCAAGUUGGUAUAUAAGUUCCUAGAGAUUGGAAGGAUGGACAUCAUUAUGACACAUCUCAAAGCCAUUCUACAUCAACCAGAGGCAUUCAACUCACAGGAGAAGAAGAAGAUGACCAAUAUUCUCUUCCAAUGCUACCUUCAAAAGUUGUUGACAUCUCGCGAGGAGUUCAAGGCACUGGACACUGAGUUUGCAUACUUCCUCUCCACCAACACUGACUAUGAUCGUGAAUCUGCACUGCAGAUGUUGCUCCAACAUGGCCUACUCGACUACUACUUCUCGGUGGCUCACAGUGGAAGACUUAUCGGCAAAGCACUGUCCAGUCUCCUCGAGUCCAACAUCCUUCACCUGGAUGCACAGACCAUUUCCUUCCUCAAUGGUGCCUACUCAUUGGAGCUCAAGAGUAACUCUGGUGGCAUGGUUUUUGACUGUCUCUCACCAGACAUCCAGGUCAAACUGAUCCUCGAGGACACACAGAACAUCCCUCGCUACCUUAAGCGACUGUUCCAUCUGCUUCCAUUGCUCAAUGAGAAGAGUCUGAUGGAGAUUGCCACCACCUUUGACCCAAUGUCAUUCGAGCCCUUCAACCUCACUCCAUCGCUGUCACAUAAGAACUCAACAGGCAACUCCAACAACAACAUGGGUAAUCUUGUUGCCGUCAACGGCGGUGGCUUCCCACCCAGUGCCGACUCGUUCGAAACCACCUCCUACCUGCCAGGUCGCUCAUCCGAGAGCAUACCAGUUCGCAACGAGGAGUACUUUGAGCUGUACAUCAACGCCAUUCUCACACUUAUCUAUCAACGCAAGCACCAGUACAGUGUGGAGGACACUCGCUACGACAUAUUCAACAUUGACAGCGAAGCAGAGGUCAUUGAGGAGCAGGAGGAGGAGCCUCCCGCAGUCACCGAGGAUCCAGAUUUGCUCUUGGUCCAAAUGCCUCCAUUGAUGAAGAAUGAGAAGAAGGCAAUCAGUGUGUCCUGUGGAUGGGAACACGUUGCAGUCAUCUCAAGUGAUGGCGAGCUCUUCACCUGGGGAAACAACAGCCAGGGUCAGCUCGGACACGGUUUGAGUGUUGGCAAGUUCCAAACGACACCGAGAAGAGUAGAGACAUUCAAGUCAUCACCAAUCAUCAUUGCUACAUGUGGAGGAGAGCACAGUAUCGCCGUUGAUCAGUCCUUCCAAAUAUACUCAUGGGGCUCAUCAAGACAUGGACAACUUGGUCAUGGUGUACUGACACCACAGAACCUGCCCAAGAAGAUCGAACACUUCCAGGACGGCCAAAAGGUGACGGCCAUCGCCGCUGGCUAUGCCCACACACUCAUCCUCAAGAAGUCUGGUGACCUGUUUAGCUUUGGUUGGAACGAGGCUGGCCAGCUCGGUGUCAACAACCUCAAGAGUCGUGCCAUCCCUAUGCGUGUGGAGACUUCAGAGAUUGUUGGUGUGCACGGAGGAAAGAUAACACAGAUCGCAUGUGGACACUCGCACUCUGUAAUGUGUCUGGAGAAUGGAGACAUUUACAGCUGGGGAAGCAACACCAAGGGCCAGCUGGGUCAUGGCAACACUGAGAAGCAGGUCCGUCCCAAACAGAUCGAGGAGCUCAAGGGCAAGCCCAUCAUCAAGAUAUCAUGUGGUCACUUCCACACAGUUGUCAUCACAGAGCUAAACAGUGUCUUCUGCUGGGGACAGGGAGAGCAUAUGUGUCUUGGCAUUGGAUCAACCAACAAUGUCCUGUCACCCAAGCUGGUGGAGUUCUUUGUCAACAAGAAGGUUGACAGAGUAGUGUGCGGUCUCUUCCACACUGCCACAGUGACAGCUGCCGAGAGUGGUAGCGAUCGAGGCAAUGUAUAUAUUUGCGGUGGUGGCGAGCAUGGUAAGCUCGGAGUCGGUGGCGACAUGAGGUCACCAUCAAUGGACAAGCCAUGUCCAGCGGUGAUCCCAUCGCUCAACUCGAUGAACAUCCACGCCUUCUCCAGUGGUGGCGAGUUCUCUGCAAUCAUCACGAGCAACGGUGCACUCUAUCUCUGGGGCCAUGGCAAUCAUGGUCAGAUUGGAAAUGGCAAGACCGAUGACAUUUGGAUACCAACCAAGGUACCACUGAAUGACAAUCGUCUUGCACUGUCCAGUCAGAACUCCAAAGGCAUGGCCAAGGCACGAUUCACUCAAGAAGGUUUGGAGGACAUACUCAAGGCCUACUCUGCCUCCUAUCGUCCAUUCUUUGUCAUCAACAAGGCCAUCCACUAUGAGAAUUGGGAUGCUGCUGCUACUAUAUAUGAUGUUAUGGAAGACUACAAAUCAACAUUGGAAUGUAGACUAAUUGGAUUGAAGCUGAGGAACCUGGAUAAGGAUAAGGAGACUGCUGUGUUGAUACAGUUACUACAGAACUAUAUCAUCAAGGGAUCAAUCUACGGAAUAGACAGUCCACCUCUAAUCUCAACGUCAUCGACUACCACCGCCUCACCAGUACAGUUGUCACCACCACUGUUCUCAACAUCGCCACAAUUGAACAGUCCUCAAGAGAUAUAUCCAUCUGGCAGCCAGAUCAUACAACAAGGAGGAGCACCGUCAGCCACUGGCAACGAGACCACAAAGAAGCCAAUGUCACCUGAGAAAUCAAAGGAGCUACUAUUGCUAUUGAUUCUCAACUAUUGGAGGGAGAAGGACUUGCCAGUGUCACCAUUGGAGACAUUCAUCCUUGGCAAUAUAGACUCAUUCUCAUUGCCAUUGUCCAACAUCCUCCAGAUGAAUGUGACCAAGGAGUGUCCACUUGUCCUCGAUUUCUCACCAAGUCUGUAUUUAAUAGUUGUAAAGUAUUACCUACACUUUGUUAAGAAUCUUAGUGACAAGGAAAGAGAUCAACAAAGAGCAUCAGAGAAGGUAUUGUUGACAAACAUCAAGGAGAACUUGGAGAAGGAUAUAUCAAGUAGAACAAAGAUUCAGAUACACUCACUGCUUCCAGACACUGGUAUGGAUGCAUUGUUGCAUGGAGCCGGUGCGUCUACAUUCGAGAAGGACGUCGCCUUUACUUGUAAUCACUUCUUCUCCAAGAGACACUACUUUGGCACGAUUCUGCCUCACUUCCAGGAGGAGGUACAGAAGCUGGGAAUACCAAGCGCAACUACACUCAAGUAUAUCAUGGAGGAGUACAACCAGAAGUGGAUUUCACUCUCAUGUCCCGUUUGUUUGUAUAACUUCAUUAGAGAUCUGGCUAACGAUCCCCUGUCCAAGCCAUGGAAGGUGUAA